GCUAAAGUAAUGCAAGAAACUGUUAGUUAUUAGAACAAUCGUAAAAAUGCUGUUGCAAGAAGCACUUACGUUAUUUAUUUUUUAUACGUUAUUCGGCAGUUCUUUACAAGAUAUUAAGCCGAAGUGUUCCAAGUGUAUCUUUUACGGGAAGGAGGCGAACAUCCGCGAGUUUCCCUAUUUCGCAGCCCUCAAAGGAUGUGGGGCAGCCAUCCUGUCCGACACUUGGCUUGUUACUGCUGCGCACUGCGUCGAAAACCCUAGAAUGAAUCCAGGCAACAAAGUUUGGGUAGGCGGAGAGAGCAUUUCCAACAGCCAAGAGAUCACUUUCAAGAGAACCGUUAUCCACCCACAAUACAGGACUUUGCAGCAAAUUCCAAUCAAUGACAUAGCCCUGCUAGAACUCACGAACAAAUUGAAUUUCACCGACAAAAUCAAGCCAAUAAGACUUGGUGUUGGUCGUGGAUCCAAGGUGCUGUUUGUUGGCAAAGGGCUCGAUGAGACCGGUCGUGAAUCUAAGUCUAUAAAGAAAUUGGAACUCACAAGGCUGACGACCAAGCAGUGUUUGAGUGAAAUCCCACCAAACAUGCAACGCAUAGUCUUACCUUAUAUCAAGGAGUUGGAGAAGGUCAAUAUCUGCGCGAGACGAACUGAAGAUCAACCGGGUAUAUGCAUGGGUGACUCCGGCAGUCCACUGACUCAGAAUAAUCAGCUGAUAGGGCUCGCGUCGUACGUCGGCAACAAAGACUGUCGUAAGACCAGGCUAAAUUUCUUCACCAACGUCCCCACAUAUACAUCCUGGAUCAAGUCCGUCACUAAAUUGAAGUGAUGGUAAUACUUUCAAGGUUUUUUUUGAGGUCGGUUUUAUUUUUUUUUAGUUUAUAUUAACUUAUGUUAUAUUGGAUUAAUAAAA